ACUUGUUCCCACAGGUGAGCCGACCAUGAUCCCUUGCGGCAGCAUACCUGUGGAGGGAAACAAGACGUGAUUUUAGAUCUGCUUCAUCGUCUGGAAACGUUUCCGUGCCAAAUACUGGGUCUAAUGAGCCUUUUGUCUUGUCAAUUGGGAUCACCCCAACGUCUUUGUGCUGUCGUUUGAUAGAUCUCUCCACCGUCCACCAUGCUUGUGCCAAUCUUCACCCUGAAGCUCAACCACAAGAUCAACACCCGCAUGUUGACUAUCGGGUGUUACGAUGGUCAGCACCCCUGUCUCACUGCAGCUACUACAGCUGGGAAGGUCUUCAUCCACAAUGCCCACAACCGAGGCAUUGCCAGCGGGCGCAUGUCUGUGUCCGGGGAGAACUCGGACAUCAGUCUGCUGAACAUCCAGCAGGCGGUCAGCGCGGUCAGCGCGGGGAAGCUGGACCCCACGUCCAACUGUGACAGUCUGCUGGUCGGCACACAGACUAACCUGCUGGCCUACGAUGUCAUCAACAACUCCGACCUCUUCUACAAGGAUACACCAGAUGGAGUAAACGCUGUUGUUGUCGGCUCCUUGGGAACAGUAGAGAUGCCAUUGGCUGUUGUCGGGGGCAACUGUGCCAUCCAGGGUUUUGACCUGGAGGGGAAUGAUGUAUUCUGGACCGUGACUGGUGACAACGUGUGUUCACUCGCUCUGUGUGAUUUCACCAACGAUGGCAAGAUGGAGUUGAUAGUUGGUUCAGAGGACUACGACAUCAGGGUUUUCCAAGAUGAUGAGAUCAUCGCAGAAAUGACAGAAACAGAGGCCAUCACUUUGCUGUGUCCCAUGAUGCAUAGCAGGUUUGGGUAUGCCUUAGCCAAUGGAACUGUGGGAGUUUAUGACCGUACAGCCAGAUACUGGAGAAUCAAGUCCAAGAACCAAGCUAUUGCUAUCCAUGCUUUUGACCUGGAUUCAGACGGGGUUCCUGAACUUAUCACAGGAUGGUCCAAUGGGAAGAUUGAUGCACGAAGUGACAGGACCGGAGAGGUCAUCUUCAAAGACAACUUCUCAGUGUCCCUGGCAGGGAUAGUGGAGGGUGACUACAGGAUGGAUGGGAAGACAGAACUCAUCUGCUGUGCAGUAGAUGGAGAAGUACGUGGCUAUCUCCCGGCUAGUAGGGACCUGAAGGGGAACCUGAUGGACACAAACACAGAACAGGACGCCGUCAGGGAGCUGAGUCAGCGCAAACAGAACUUGUUGCUAGAGUUGAAGAAUUAUGAAGAGAAUGCCAGGGCUGCACAGAGCAAUCGACCAUCAGGACUGGGAGGGAUGGAUACAGGACAGAUGGGCAUCAUCCCUGCAAACACACAGCUUCAGACAUCACUGACUGUGGACCCAGGGGAUGAAAAACACCCGCCUCAUGUGGAACUUUUUGUGGCAACCACUAACGAAACCAUCCUGAGAACAGCACUCAUAUUUGCCGAGGGCAUCUUUGAAGGAGAGAGCCAUGUGGUCCAUCCCAAUGUAAACAACCUGUCCAGUGAGCUGAAGGUUCCCAUCACCCCUCCUAAGGAUGUUCCUGUAGACCUGCACAUCAAGGCCUUUGUGGGCAUGAAGGGCAGUACCCAGUUCCAUGUGUUUGAGAUCACACGGCAGCUGCCCAGGUUUUCCAUGUACAUCCCCUGCGCCAAGCUUCCCCAGGAACCACAGGGCACCGUCACCUUCACAGUACAGGAGAGAGUACAGAGGGUUGUCCUGUGGAUUAAUCAGAAUUUCCUGCUGACCGAUGAGUGGCCGGCAGGAGCCCCGCUUCACUUCCAAGUGGUCAGUCUGAGGGGGACAGGAGCACUGGUCAUCCACAUGGAGGGCAAUGGGCAGGUGACCAUCAAGACAGAUGACAUGGACCUGGCAGGUGAAGUGAUCCAGUCAAUGGCAGUGUUCCUGGGUAUCGAGGACCUUCAGGUCACCUCAGACUUCCCCGGAUACAUGGAGGAGCUCAAGAACAUUCUCAUCAAGGUGGAUGAGUUCAGCUCGGUGAGACAGAAACUGACCGCUGAGAUGGCUGACCACUCCAACCUGAUCCGCAGCAUGGUGGUCAGGGCAGAGGAUGCCAGGAUUCUCGCUGACUGGAAGAACAUGAGGAAGUACUACAUGGAGCUGUUUGACCUGAACAGGGACCUGAUCAACGGGUACAAGAUCCGCUGUAACAACCACACAGAACUGCUGUCCUGUCUCAAACUGGUCAACCAGGCCAUCCAGAGGGCAGGCAGGCUCAGAGUUGGCCGACCAAAGACGAUUGUGGUGAACGCAUGCAGGGAAGCCUUCAAGACUCACAACAUUGAUGCCCUCUUCAAGAUUAUGAAAGUUGGAGCAACGUAAUCUUACUACAAGUUGUAUAAAGGUUUACAAGUAUGUCUUCUGAGGGCAAACCUACUCUGUUGUAUACGUUUUCUUUGUGGGAAAUGUUUCAUUGAUAUAUGAAGAUAUUUGCACAGCUGACUAUUGAUGUUGCAGCAGUCAUGAAGACGAGAAUGUGUGUAGAAUAUGUUGCUGCUGUUUUGUGCUGCUUAGAUUUAAAAUCCGUCACAUUUUUAUCUUUUGUAGUUCAAUGUCUGCAUCUUUAUUGAGUGUAUAUAUACAAUGAAAGGCAUCUCACUGAACAGAAUUAUGUGUAAAUUUCUUCUGUAGAUGUAAGUAAAAGCAGAUUGUAUUGCAAGUUUACUAUGUAUAUACACAAUGUCGUACAAAAAUGUCAAAAUAUUAUGGAAUAAAGCAACUUCUCAAGACCA